AUGGAGUAUUUUAUCGAUCAAGAAAAGUACCUUUAUUUAAUUUUGUUGCACAGCUUCGCAAUUAUAUACAUCGGAAUAGUUGCGGUAUUAGCAACAGGAAGAAUGUUUCUUAUGUAUCUUCAGUAUAUCUGUGGAAUAUUUAACAUUUGUAGCUAUCGUAUCGAGCAUGCAAUAAACAUUAAUAUUCAACAAAAUAUUACGCAGAAAACUAAGAUUCUGAUGAGCGAAGGCAUAAUUUGUGCUGUCGAUAGUCACCGACAAGCUAUGAAGUUGAUUGACCAAAUUGUCUGUUGUUUGAUGUCUAUAGUCGAGGUAAUGAUGCUUUGUUUAAUAGUAUUUAACGUAAUUUGCUUAAAUACGUUUCAAGUAAGUUUUCUGUUCCGUAAUAUAUAA